AUGUCGACAACUACAGAACUCACUGAAACACAGUCUUCGAUAAUAAAUAUUGAUGAGUUACAGAAUUAUGGUAUUAAUGUUUCUGAUAUACAAAAACUUAAAUUAGGUGGUAUUUACACAGUUAAUACUUUACUUUCAGUUACAAGAAGGAACCUUUGUAAGCUUAAAGGCUUAAGUGAAAUUAAAGUGGAGAAGAUUAAAGAGGCUGCUGGGAAAAUAAUCCAAGUUGGAUUUAUUCCAGCAACUAUCCAGUUAAAUAUUAGAAAAAAGGUGUAUAGUCUAUCCACUGGAUCAAAGCAACUGGAUAACAUACUAGGUGGUGGCAUUAUGACCAUGAGCAUUACGGAAGUAUUUGGUGAAUUUCGUUGCGGCAAAACUCAAAUGUCACAUACUCUAUGUGUAACUACACAAUUACCUAGAGAAUUAGGUGGUGCUGAAGGGAAAGUUGCCUACAUUGAUACAGAAGGAACAUUUAGACCUGAGAGAAUUAAACAAAUUGCUGAGAAAUAUGGCCUCGAUCCUGAAAGUUGUCUUGAUAAUGUAUCGUAUGCCAGAGCAUUAAAUAGUGAGCAUCAAAUGGAAUUGGUUGAAAAAUUAGGGGAAGAGUUAAGUACUGGUGAAUACAAAUUAAUAGUUGUUGAUUCCAUUAUGGCAAAUUUUAGAGUAGAUUACUGUGGAAGAGGUGAACUUAAUGAAAGGCAGCAGAAGUUGAAUCAGCAUCUGUUCAAAUUGAAUAGAUUGGCCGAAGAAUUUAAUUGUGCUGUUUUUAUGACAAACCAAGUUCAAUCUGACCCUGGCGCAAGUUCAUUAUUUGCAUCUGCAGAUGGUAGGAAACCGGUUGGGGGACAUGUUUUAGCUCAUGCUUCCGCUACUAGAAUCUUAUUGAGAAAGGGUAGAGGUGAAGAACGAGUUGCAAAACUCCAAGAUUCACCAGACAUGCCAGAAAGAGAAUGUGUCUAUAUAAUUUCUGAAAGUGGUAUUACCGAUUCGACAGAAUGA